AGUCUCUUCUACUCUCCACAUGUGAAGAUUUGAUGCCAGAUUCUGAAACAAAUCAGUGACAGAUCCGUCAGACAGACGCAAUGACAGCCGCAAACGCUCCAAGGGACAGGUAUAAUGCUGUAUGGAUCAUAUUCUUCAUUCUGGGCCUGGGAACUCUGCUACCAUGGAAUUUCUUCAUGACUGCUACCAUGUACUUCACCCAACGUCUGAAGGACCCACAGACCAAUGGAGAACACAAUCAGACAGCCAAUGGGACGGUGGUGAUAGAGGGUGACAAUCGUAAUGUCCUAGAGUCAAAGUUCAACAAUGUGAUGACGCUGUGCGCCAUGGUACCGCUGCUCAUUUUCACCUGCCUCAACUCCUUCAUCCACCAGAGGAUUCCUCAGAAGUUGAGGAUCUCAGGCAGUCUAUCUGUCAUUUUCGUGGUGUUUCUCAUCACAGCCGUGCUGGUGAAGGUGGAGAUGGAGCCCCUGCCGUUCUUUGCGUUCACUAUGAUCAAAAUCAUCUGCAUCAACUCGUUCGGGGCAAUUCUGCAAGGGAGUCUGUUUGGUUUGGCUGGAAUGCUCCCAGCGUCCUACACCACGCCCAUCAUGAGCGGACAAGGCCUGGCAGGGACGUUUGCGGCCUUCUCCAUGAUCUGUGCUCUCGCCUCGGGCUCAGCGUUACAGGACAGUGCAUUCGGCUACUUCAUCACUGCCUGUGUGGUUAUUCUCCUGGCCAUUGUUUCUUACCUCGCUCUGCCUAAAAUGGAGUUUUUCCAGUAUUACUCUGAGAGCAGUGGCUCCCGAUCCAGCGCUGAUGAGGAAAACAAGAUGGAUUUGCUGAAACCAGAAGGUCAAACAGAGAAGAGGCCGGUCCUGAGCCUGACUGAUGAAGAGAGCAGACCCGCCGUGUCCGUGUUUGGCAUCUUCAAACAGAUCUGGGUGAUGGCUCUUUCUGUAUGCUUUGUUUUCACCGUCACCAUUGGCAUCUUCCCAGCCGUCACUGUUGAAGUCCAGACCACUGUUGUUGAAGAGGGGAACGGUUGGGAUACUUACUUCAUCCCUGUGUCCUGCUUCCUUCUGUUCAACAUGAUGGACUGGGCCGGCAGGAGCCUGACUGCUGUCUGUAUGUGGCCCGGUAAAGACAGCAUCUGGCUGUCCGUCCUGGUCAUCGCACGCUUGGUGUUCGUUCCUCUCUUCAUGCUCUGUAACGUUCAGCCCAGACACUACCUGCCCGUGGUGUUCGCUCACGACGCCUGGUACAUCAUUUUCAUGAUCCUCUUCUCCUUCAGCAACGGAUACCUGGCCAGUCUCUGUAUGUGCUUCGGACCAAAGAAAGUGUCCCAACAUGAAGCAGAAACCGCAGGGGCCAUCAUGGCUUUUUUCCUCUCUCUUGGCUUGGCUGUGGGAGCCGCGUUAUCCUUCGGUUUCCGGGCCAUGAUCUAGAAGCAUGGCCUAGUUCUCAGUAUGAUGAAGAUGAACUUUAACCCUAGAUAUUCACAGAGCCAGAGAGAAUGUAUUCAUACUGCACAUGUAUCCCUUUGCCUGUUUGCCCCUCUUGUGUGUUUUCUUAAAGAAGUGGAACUGGAAUAGACAGUAUUCACGCAGGGAUUCUAAGAGGGAACAUCU